UCUGAUAUGCUCACCUCCGUAUCACUACUGCUACUCUUAACUCACAACUUUAGCUUACCUGAAAUUCUAUGGCAUUCACUUCCACUACCUCACUAUCCGUUAAAUCUCUUACCAUUUAUUCUUCUUCAACAAAGGCUCCCCAUCACCUACAAUCUUUCUCAAAGCCAUUACGGGUAUUUUUCCAUUUUAAUCCUGAAAGGGAAGGCUUAAUUCUUGAUUGUUCCAGAUCUACAAAACCUGGCAACUGGAAAACCUUUGUUUCGGCUGCAUUGGCAGCUGCAGUUGUUGCAUGCAGCUCCAACAUCUCUGCUCUUGCUGAUCUAAAUAAGUAUGAGGCCGAAACUCGUGGGGAAUUCGGGAUAGGAUCAGCUGCCCAAUUCGGUUCUGCAGAUCUCAGGAAAGCAGUACAUGUGAACGAAAAUUUCAGAAGAGCAAAUUUCACAGCUGCUGAUAUGAGAGAAUCUGAUUUCAGUGGUUCAACCUUCAAUGGUGCAUACCUUGAGAAAGCAGUUGCAUAUAAGGCUAAUUUUACAGGUGCGGAUUUAAGCGACACACUGAUGGAUCGUAUGGUGCUUAAUGAAGCUAAUCUCACGAAUGCAGUGCUGGUUAGGACAGUUCUAACUCGGAGUGAUCUCGGAGGUGCUAUUAUCGAUGGAGCUGAUUUCAGCGAUGCUGUUCUCGAUCUUCUGCAGAAGCAGGCUCUUUGCAAGUAUGCAAGCGGAACAAAUCCUGCAACCGGGGUAAGCACCAGAAAAAGCUUAGGUUGUGGAAAUAGUCGACGAAAUGCUUAUGGCAGCCCUUCUUCUCCACUAAUGAGUGCCCCACCUCAGAAACUGCUUGAUCGGGAUGGCUUCUGUGACUCAGGAACUGGUCUUUGUGAGGCAAAGUAAAUUUGAAAACAGCUGUGAUGCCAACAUCCAAUGUGUAAAAUAGAUACAUCAUACAAAUACACUUAAAACAAACAAAUAUACUUAAAAUAAUUUAUUCAGUAUGAGUUAUGAUGAUCGUGUUUUAUUAUGAUAAAA